ACUCAAUUUCAAAAAAAUCGUUUCAUUAAUUUAAAUGCUGACCACAAUAUAUAUUCUGAACACAAUAAAAAUGAAGAUCACAAUAAAACGCCGUCAAUAACAUCACUGUUGACAAAUGCAAAUCACCUCAAUCGAAGUGUAAACGGGGAUUGGAGAUUAUCGCACAUCAAGUGGAUUUGGACUCUAGUCUACUCGGUGUCACCCUGUAGAUGUAGAAAAUUCUGAGCUAUUGCACGUUAACGACGUUGUAACUUUACGCUGGUUUCAGAACCAUAAUCUCAAAAGAUGUCAUAUAAUAUAUUACUUGCUGCUGAUAUUUAGUUUGGAUAAAUAUGCUACAAUCUAUAAUAAGUGCUGUCGGGAAAAUACGAGUUUUGGAACUGCACAAAGCGACUAAGCAAUUGUUUUACAUCCGUCGUUUUGCAACAGUCAACACAAGUAGUAUUGAAAACCAUAGUAGUGUAAAAGAUGCCUCCGAUCACACGAAUGUUAGACCGCCAAGAAAAACUGUUAAUCCGUUUUCCAUUAAGGAUCCCCCGUCAGCUGAUGGUAAUGCUGCUCCAUACAAUCCCGCAAUAAGUUCGGAAGAAAAAGAGCGUCGCUUGAAAGUUCUACAACUAGAGGUAGAUAUAGCAAAUCAAGAGGGACGAAGGGUUCCAAGUUUGAAUUUCUUUCAAAAAUACCAUUGGGAACAUGUGCUGACAUUGCCCUCAAAAUCAGCUCGAAUGAAAUAUUAUGGAUUUCUUUGGCAAGUUGAAAUAAAAAAGCAAGCAAAGCUGCGAAGAAAGGAAGAAAAAGCGGCCGAUUGCCAAGAGCGAUUGGAAAAAUUGCGAGAAGAGAGAGAACAAAAUGGCCACAUUAUCUACGGAUUGGGGCACGUGUCGAUGUUUAUGCGGAUUUAUGAUUCGACAAUAAAUCACUGGAUGAACCACAGGCUAAUAAGAGCGAUGCAGUAUUCCCCAAAAAUGGUUUUAGACUGUUCGUACGACCAGUACAUGACCCAGAGAGAAGCCGAAAACGCAGCCAAACAAUUAAUGUUGUGUUUUGCAGAAAACCGUUCGCAUGACGAUCCCUUCGACUUACAUUACUGCAAUGUCAACUUAGACACACCAUGCAUGCAAAGUCUUCAACGCUAUAUACCCACCAUGCUGAAUAUGGAUUUUCCAAUGAAUGUUCAUCAGAAAUGCUUCACAGAGUUGUUUCCCAAAGACAAAAUAGUAUAUUUAACACCCCACUGCCGCACUGAUUUAGUGGAGUAUAACCAUGAUGAUGUGUACAUAGUGGGGGCAAUGGUGGACACAGUAAACAACGAGCCUUUAUCAUUAGCGAAAGCCAAAAAACUGGGACUUCGCAUGGCAAGACUGCCACUAGACCGCUAUUUACAAUGGGGAGCUGGUUCUGGAAAAUCGUUGACUUUAAAUCAGAUGAUUAAAAUAAUGCUAGACGUAAGGAAAACUGGCGACUGGAGAAAAGCAUUAAGUCACGUUCCACGACGCAAGCUUUAUGAUCAGCAAAAUGAAUGCACUCGAGGCCGUAAUGAUUUACAAAAGGGAGCUAAUCGUGUAAAUGUUAAAAUAGGUAGCAUAAUGGAAGUCGAAGAUUUUACGGAGGAAGUUUCUCGAUUACGUUCGCAAAGAAAGAAAUUUAAUGUGUCAUCGUGGGGGGCAAAAAAAAAGGGACAACAAGGGUCAUAAUUGUUUUGCCAAUAAAAAAUUGUUUCAGACAUACAUAUGAUGUUAACGUGAACCCUUAAUAAAUCAUUAUCCAAAGAAAAAUGGCAACAACAAA